AUGAUCGAGGACCUGGGAUCAAAGAGAAUGAAUGCAACCGACCCUAGAUUAUUGAAGCUCCUCCGCGAAAAAUGGCUUCUUGCACCCUCCAAACGUCCCUACCACUUGGCUGAACCACAAAAAGUACAUAUGUCUCAGGUUGGGCAAUCAAAAGCAAUUGAUAAGCUACUGAAGCAAAGAAAAAACGGUUUCUUUGUCGAGGCGGGAGCCGCGGAUGGUGAACGUAUAUCUAACUCGUUGUUUUUUGAGAGAUUUCGGAAUUGGACGGGAGUACUCGUAGAAGCAAACCCAUGGGAAUUUGAUAAGAUGACCAAGAAACACAGGAAAACAAAUAUCAUCAACGCUUGCCUGUCUCCGAUACCGCACCCAGUGCGAAUGGAAUUUAACUAUGUCGAAGGGUUAGGUGGCAUCAGUGACAUGGGCCGCAAGUUUCCAAGCGGAAAAGGCAAAGGACUAGCACAAUGUUUCCCAAUACAUUCCAUCCUGGCCGCACUGGGCGUCAACCACGUGGACUACUUCUCCCUGGACGUCGAGGGGGCCGAGGUGGAGAUUCUCAAGACAUUCCCUUGGAAAGAAAUCAUGGUGGACACGUGGACUGUGGAGUACGGGGUGGUCCAUGCAAGGGGAGGAACAGAGGAGGUCCGGCGCAAGACAGAAAUCAGGAAGAUCUUCCAAAACACAGGGGUGUACCAAGAGAUAGAUACUCCUGGAUUAAAACAGGAUAUACUAUUUGCUCGAAAGGAGAUACUGGCCUAG